CAAAUGAAGCAAAUUUAGGUUAAAACGAUUUACUAGGCUACAUUGAAGUGAAUUUUAUAAUAAAACUGGAACUAAUUGUUUUUAUUAUUAACAAAUGAGACGCCUCACCUGUUCAAAGCUUUACCAUUCAAUUGUUUGCUUUGUGCAUGCUCAUUGAGCUCAAACCGUCCCUCUUCCCACGUUGGUUGCAACAUCCCCAGUCACUGAUUUGCUAUAAAACAUCAGCGAACGGCGCUGAUUGACACCACACCACAACCUGCAGUGUAGUGAACGGCACAGUUGCUCGCUUAAGAAGCUUUCAACAUGAGGUUGCUUGUCUUGACUAUCUGGAUCGGCUGCGUAGCUAGCACCUUCGGCGAGCAGUGCGUGAUUCAGCUGGUUCGGGGUAUGGUAACGCGGCUUCUGGGCCCGCACCAAGCCGCGCUAUCUUGCGACAAUCUGUGGUCCAAUCUGCUGCUGAGCUUUAACUUCACGCGGCAAGACCUGGUAGCCUGCCAGGACGGGGAGCUGCUGGUGCACCCACCCGAGCCGUACUUUUCCGACUGUCAGCAGCGGCUCGAUAGUGCCAAGCGGGACGCCGAAGCUGACAGGCGUGCGUUCACCGCGGAGAUGCAGAAGAAGAUACAGGUGAACCAGUGGGAAGCGGAUAGGUACGUACAAGAAUCGGACACAAUCCGGAACCAGCUUACGCGCCUCAGGGACGAGCUGCGGUCAACCUACCGCUCACUCGUGCUCAUGAGCGUGCAGGGCGGUGCUAGCAAGCAGGCGCUCAAGUACUACCACUACUAUCUGGAGGGCCAGCCGCCGGGCCAGCUGCUGAGCUCCAUCAUCGCAGCCGUGUACAGCGUGCCGGAGCACGCGCACGAGCGGUUCGAGUACCUGCUCGACUUUGCCCGCAAGGUGCCAGGGAACAGUGUGCGGCUGGCGUUCUACCACCAGAUCACCGCGGAGCUGCGACGGCAUCCCGAGCAGCGCGACAGCUACCUUGCGAUGAUCGCGGCCCUCGACCUGGGCAAGCUGGCCUUCCUCAGCCAAAAUGCCGAUGCGCGCCAGCUGUACCUCGGCCUGUUCAACCCUGCGCUUAAGCGCCUGCAGGCGGCUGUCAUCGCGGGCAGCUACGAUGAGAUAGUAACGUUCGCCACCGCCUAUCCGGACCACUUCGAGCAGAUUGCGAACCAGCUCUCGACGCUGGAGAGCGAAGCCUGGAACCAGGCGAACUUUGAGCGCCUGCUGCUGUACCCGAACCGGCUGCCGCUCGCCAAACAGCGGCUAGAGGCGUUCCGGAUGAUGCUGCUGCAGAUCAAUCAACGCAACAAGCACGAUUUUGCGCCACGGUUGACCAGAGUGGCAAAGGAGCUGGACAAAUGCGAGUCGUUUGUGAAGAGCGGUAGCAAAACCCAGCAGUCCGAUCUGGAGAAGCUCGUCGCGGUGAAGCGCAUGUUUGCGACCCGCGAUGCCAACAGAGACUAUGACCAUUAUCUGCAGGAAUCGAAAAAAAUAAUAGAAUAGCAUGGUCGGCCAUGUUUGUAUAUCCUAACACAAGCCCAUAAGCAAUUCCCACUGCACAAUACACGCUACACACUACAGGGGUUCAAUAAAUAUUCACAUACUGCAACGUCGCUUUUGCGAUUACGCUCAAUCUGUUACUCGUGAAGUACGGGUUGCCUACCAUUCAGGCGCUCCACCUUUGCCACAUUCGCGAUGCUCUGUUGCCCUUCGCCUGAGCAUUGUCUGAUUGUAUUAAUUUUAUUGUUUUUAUUUCUGGGCCUGUCCGUUUUAAUACUUUCACUCUCUUUCUAUUACCCUUGAUGCACACACACACAGAGAAGGCUUCCCGUCCCGGAAAGCCUCCAGUAUGCCGGGCCGGCCAGCCACACGCCGCCCACCCGGUAUCAUUAUUGUUUGCCAAUUGCCGGGCUGUCGUCAUUUCUUUCUAUCGGUGAAACGUUCACUCAACUUUGGCACAUUCUUCUACGGACUUCCUUCAUCCUUCCUGCUCCAACUGCCACUCCUCAACCGGGCAACACACUUGGCGGCAUUUUGGAAGGGCCCAACAAAAAAGGGAUUGUGGUAAUUUAUUGCGAUUUGAAAUUAAUUUAUGUCAUCGGUGAUAUUACUUCUCCCUCCAGCCGCUUCCCCCCUCUCCAACCCUCUUCCGGGUGCCAACAUUGUCUAGUCGCAAUACGGCUUCCUACACACGCACACACACACACACACACACACACACACACACACACACACACACACACACACACACACAGGCAACAAGAAACGUUCUACUGAUUUUAUACCGCCACAAAGCCAGAACCAGCGCAGGCCAGUCCCAGAAGAGUUUGUGGAUGCUUCAGAUGGUAAGAUGGCAAAAUACACACUCACACAUACACACAUACACACACACACAUCCACACGCUAUGGUAGCUCAGUGAAAUCGUAACGGACGCGAUUGUGUCGUACAGGAAAUUGGUUCAUUCGGUGAAAAUGAGCAGAAUCUUGAUUCCGAUCCGGACAGCUCCGGCAACGAGUAUUUCGUGGGUAUACUUCUUCUUCUUCUUCUUCUUUUUUGCCUGUCCCACAAAGAAGAGAGUCUCAACCCAGUCCAUUUCCAACGCAAUCUGUUUUUCCGUCCGUAUCCCCUGCUCACUCGCACACUCACUCAAAGGGAGAUCGAUAAUCGGCCAUUAAACUUUAAGCAAACCAUUCGGGCCGGCGUUGGUCCGUCCGCACCAUAAGGAAGUGAGCUACGGGGAAAGGUAAUAAAUCUUCGAUUUGCAGGCUUUUCCUCUUCCGCAUUUCUGGGCACUUCUCAAAUGUAACCGAAAACACCGGGACCGGGGGCGACCCGUUUUAUCCGCGCCGGAUCGGGGACGCUGGACCAGUGGAUUUCUUCGUCCGGGUUGGGCCGGCCUCUCCUCCUGCGGCACACCGCACGCAGCGGCUCCCCCCCCCCCCCCC